UACAUUUGACAACAGGAAGUACACGUCGCUGUCUUCAAUAUUUUUAUUUCCCCGUCAUUCAUGCUGACAACUGACUGAGAGAGUUCUAUCCAACCAUAUUUUGUAAUUACAUCUUCCUCCAACCACACUUAAAUUUAUAGGAUUGUGUAGGCCUGGGAAUCAAGAUGAGGCGAUCGUACAUGGCCAACAAUGGGAACUACCCACAGCCCCAGUACCAGGACACAUCCCGUAUGCUGGAGGAGGAGAAUGAACAGAUGGAAAGUGAACUCAGCGGAAAAGUCAAAGCCCUAAAAUCGUUGUCAAUAGACAUAGGGGUGGAGGUAAAGGAACAGCACAUGCUCUUAAGUCAAAUGGAUGAAGACUUUGAGUCGUCUGGGGGCUUGCUGGGCAAAACGAUGGGCCGGUUGCGUGGGAUCACAAAAGCCGGACACUGGAAACUGUGGCUGUACAUCGCACUUUUCGCCUUCUUUGUCUUUUUCAUGUGUUGGGUGAUUGUACGCUUUAGAUAGUAGAAACUUAUAGUCCUGACCUGCUAUUUAAUGCUAACAGCAAUUUCCUCUGCCAAACAAACUUAGCGGUGAAAAGAGGACAAGUCUGUGCAAUAUUCUUCUGGUCAGAGAGAAAGGGGGUGAACAUUUCCAGCAUUGCUAAAAGUUUAAUGAAAAUGAGGUUUUGAAUAACAAUGCGUGAUGAUGCUCAACCUAACAUGUAUGGUAAUAUUCUGUGUACCGUAUUGGCAACAUUCCUUGCGUCUCAGUUGCAUCCCUUUCAUAUCUUUCGGAUGUCAGAGUUACUUCACUGAGAGCCAUAAGUCUCAUCAUUUGCAUCCCUUCCCAUUCAUAUCUCCUGGAUGUCGGAGCUGCUUCACCAAGAGCCAUAAGUCUUCAUAUUUUCAUCACUUUCAUAAAUAUCUUCUGGACAUAAGAGACUUUCUUGUCUUCUGGAUAUCAGAGUAACUUCAGCAGGACUUAUGUAAGUCUCAACAUUCUGUCAGGAUGAUGCAUUAAUUGCUAUAUUUUUAAAAAAUUAAGUUGAUACAGUUAGGCACAGAUAACUCAAACACGUUGGGGAGUUACAAAUUAAAUGUGUUUGACUCGUCCUUAAUUCGGGUUAACCGAUAACAAAAAAUGAAAAGAGAUAUCAAUCAGUCUGGGAAUGGCAAAUUGUACAGGCUAUCCCUGAUUUCGAGUUUUCCAUGUUCAUGUUAUUUUGCCCUUCUAUAUAUGUUUUAAACUGCCUUACAUUAAAACGGUUUGUUAGCUUUGAGCUAAGGAUCUUUCCCUUACAAUAUUAGCAUCUCAUCUUUAAGUACCAGGUUCGAUUCUUGGUUUGUGAAGAGUCUGUUGGAGGGCAUGUGUGAUGUAAUGGUUUGACUUGUGCUUGGCACAAAAAAGAUACAACAAUUUUCUAAUGGGGAAGAUGUUUUAGCAAGUGUGUUCUCUUUCUGCGGAGAUGUAAUAUUCCCACAUCUUGGGUUUGCCCUGAUAAACUUAAACUGUGUGGAUGGGGACUUAAAACAUUACUUUAUUGUAAGUACGGUUGAAGGGUAAGUAGGGAAUGUUCUCAGGGUUUUGUUUUUUACAUAUAUAUAGAUGAUAAGGUCAGUAGAAUUGAACACCAAAUCGUGUCAGAUAACUGAAAAAUACCUAGUGGUCUUGUGUGCCCAUUUUGCAUGCUGAACACACUUUGGCAAUUGGAAGUUUAAAAAAAUUCUUGCCAGUGGUAUGAAAGCAAUAACAAGAGUCUGCUUGAAAGACAUGCACUUUUAUUUUAGUGUACUUUUCAUGUUUUUAUUCUGUUAUGAAUUGGUCUGAUUACUUCAGAGAUCACAUACACAAGUCUGAAUGAUUGAAUGUUACAAGGGGUCACAUUUUGUGGAUUAAUUUAGUUCUGGUCUUGUCGUUCAGUCAUGGGUUUCUAGAAUUAUAUUUCUUUACAAAACAUUGUAGAACAUAUCUGAACAGCGGAUAAGUAUACUUGUUACUUUUGGAGUAUCGUAGUUGAGGUGUUGGACUUGUAAUGAAAAGGUUGUGAGUUUGAUUCCCAGCUCUGUCAGAUAUGCUGUUGUGUUCUUUGCCAUAUUUUCCUCAGUCCGCUGACCUGAAAAUGGAUUUCUGGCAUUUUGGAGAGACAGAAUAUAUGACUGAGCAGAAUGUACCCAACAGGCUACAACAUUGUAAGUCCCUCUGGGGACAAAAUGGUAACCUCAACUUGACAUACCAGCCAAAGUAGGUAUUGUGAAGUCAUAACGUGAGUUUACAGAGGAAAACAUAAAUAUAAGCACUUUUACUUACUCGUACUAUCUGUUGUAUGAGGCUAAAUUGUGUCGAUUGGGGAAUAAAAAAAUUUGAAAAAAACAAUUAAAAAUUUGUAAGUAUGAGGAUGCUACCAACAUGAAUUCUGUUACGAGAACUUUCAUGUGGAUGUUGUUGUUGUUUUCACUGCUGAUUCGUUGUACAAUUUGCUGCACAUUGUGAUUAGAGAAUGGAUUUGGGCAAGCUUUAUGCUCUGUGACUGUGAGAGACAGAACAAAGACGAGUGUGGACCUUGUUUUAGAUUUGUUGUCCCACUGACGAAGAAUGAAAUGAAAUGUGUGAGUGAUCGAUUUACUCUGAUAGGCCUAUGUACCCUGAACUUAAUUUUGCUAGUUAUUUGUUCCUUAAUGUAAGUUGUUUUUUUUUAUGUAUUAUGUUGAGGGUUGAGGGUCUCAGAUAUAUGUGAUACAAUAUGAAUUUAUAUGUGUAAGAGCGAUUUUCUCCAAACUUGGAUUGUUGGCUUGUGUUUGCGUGCGUGUGAUUGUGUGAAUGCCUAGAGUCAAAUUAUCUAGAGGUCUUUGGUUUAGUGAUGUAUUAUAAUUACUACUGUGUACAUCAUUCUUGGUGAAGCUGUUGCAAGUAUUAUUAUAAUCUGUGGCCCAAGCCCAAAGCAUGAACCUGAUAAUCUACGCAGAGACUGAACUUUAGAAAAAUCCAUCCAAAGUUACCUGUUCACAAAAUUGUCUGUUUUUAAUGAAAUCAUCAAAAGACAUCAUAAAUGACAUUAUGAGUAUGUGAGCCAACUACAAAAAUUAAUUUUCAUUUUAUAGAAUUACAGCACAAAGUUCUUAAAACAUGAUAAAAAUGUUAGUCAACUUCCUUGCUUGAACCUGAUGACUCUCAGUGUGCAUAAAGGACUCAAUGCCACUUGCCUGUGGGAGAGUCAUUCCAACAAUGGAUUGGGCGUCAUAAAUUGCCAUUGGUUUUCAAGGGUUCUCCCGCAUCCAAGAAUGGCACCGUCUGUUCACCGGAGUCUUGAAUGGUCCAUAGAUUACUCGAUCUUGGGGUUGGAUUUUGUGUGAACAGUGAGGAGGGGGGGGGGAUAGAAAGAAAAAUAGCAUUGUUCUCUCUACAUAAGUCGAUAGCUGGACCAUACAGGUGGGAAACGUGAUUGUCGAGAAUCAGUAAAAACUGGACUCUCAGGGGUUGGUUUUGCAUGCCUGAUGAAAUGCCGAAUGUACGUAAGAAAAUCUUUGUCCUUUAUCCAGCCUGACCCAUUUGCUCCACCUAUCGAGCAUGGUGGUGUGCCGAUCAGGAAAUGUUCCUGGAACCGCUAUGUGGGGAAGAUAAACAUGGGUAGUAUUGAGUUGCCGACCGCACUCACAGCACACACUGGUGUCACUAGCGCUCCCCGUUCUGCAGAGACAGCCAUCCCAACACCCUGGGCUACUUUCUUGGCAAGCGCUCAGUUGGCCUUGAUGGUUUCGGCUAUACUCUCAAUAUCCUCAUCAGAAAGACACAUUGAUGAUUGUGCCUCUACCCUUUGCCGAGAGAGUUGCCGUCACCGAGUCCUUUUGUUCAAGAAUGCGCUGAAGCAUUAGUAGCUUUGAAUUCCAACGUGUCUCCACAUUGUUGGUCAGUUUCAUUGGUGGGAGACCUUGUAGAAGAUGGAUGGCUUUGAGGCAGUCACUUGCAAGAACACUCUUGUGGAAGUACUUGACUAUUUUCUUCACUUCCGUUGGCAGCUCUGUAACGCCUUCUCUGUCUCUUGAAUUGCAGCACAUACAAUCAAGCUGAGGGUCUGGGCAAAACAGUGGUUUAAUAAUGCUUUUGCUGCUUCUAAAGACAGUUUUCGGGCUCAUCUCGGUUUUCUGUUCAAGUUCAAGUGCGCCGCCAUGUUGGAAAAGUGGCUUGUCAGAUUUAUGGGCCGUGGCUGUCUGGGAUGUGAGGCUUAUCAGGUUCAUGCACAGAAUGUUAGUUUCACGUGUCAGGUUAAAAAAUUAGAACAAAACAAUUUGAUCACUAAAACUCUUUGAGUUGCUCCCAUUUAAUUUUUUUAAAUUAAAGAUGAUUCGCAGUACCUGUACUUAUUUACCACCUUAUCUCGUUUUGUAAGAAAAUGUGGGGUAUCAGGUUCAUGCAUGGGGCCACAGUAUUGAAUUAUUGUGUCAUAUGGUGAACUGAUGGUUGUUUUGCUUGUACAUAUUAUGUGUCCUACCAUUGAUGAAUAAAAAUGUGAACUUAUGCUUAAAA